AUGUCAACACCGCAGACGGCUUUGUCUUCCAAUGGCGACGAACAUCAUCACGUCAAGCUUGCCUGUCAGGGCUGCCAAAGGAAAAAGAUCAAGUGCGAUCGUACCUUCCCUUGCGGACAAUGCACGCGAUCCAACCUUCAAUGCAUACCAAGUACCCGAAAGCCGAGGGUCCGACAUGGUGGCAAACGCGCUGUCGAUUCAGAACUUAGAAGCCGCAUCACUAAGCUUGAGAGCCUUGUCGAAAGCCUCAGUGGAGAGGUUGGCUUGCAGCAUACGCCUGAGCACGACGAAGAUGCAAGCAAUGAAACACACGAAGCUCCAGAGGUUGAUACUCCUUCCCGAUCAGUGGGCAGGUAUCUUGGUAGCUCUUUUUGGGACUCACUGAGUACGGAAGUCCAAGCCAUUCGAGACGCGCUGGAAGAAGACCAAGAUGCAGACGGACCAGACGCACAUUCGAAUGAGGACAAGUCCGGCUCGGGAGCUCCGCUUCAUACUGGCAAUGAAUUCGAUUUGUUGAUUUGCCCUCCUGGGACAACAUAUAUUAUGCCUGGAGCGCUGAACGAACCUCCCCCACCAAUGCAGCAAUAUCUUUACGAGACAUUCAUCGCGAACGUGGACCCAGCGUUCAAAGUCUUCCACACCCCAAGUCUUCGUGCCUUCUUUGAGCGAGGCGCGCCUUAUCUCGGCCACGAAGCCACCGCGCCAUGCAAUAAGGCGCUGAAGACGGUUGCUUGGUUCGCUGCCGUCAACACCAUGACUGACGAGCAGUGCCGAACGCAAUUGGGAGGAGCGCGACUAGAUCUGUUACACAAGUAUCGUCGGACGGUAGAUGUGGCGCUCGCGCAAGCUGACCUCUGCAAUACCACGGAUCUUGCCACCCUGCAGGCAUUCGCAGUCUACCUGGUUUCCAUCCGAAUGACAGACCUCAGCCGUCGUGUGUGGUCUCUGACGGCUCUUCUAGUCCGCAUAGCUCGCGCCUUUGGUCUCCACUCCAAGGCACCUGCUCGCACCCCUUUCGAGACCGAGCUAAGACGCCGCUUGUGGUAUUGCAUUCGCUUUGUCGACGCUUUUGCUGCGCUUGAUCGCGCGACCGAGGUUAUCGUAGAUGCCAAGUCGUUCGACACUCCGUUUCCCAACAAUGUAAACGACACCGAGUUCGACGAGAACUCCCCCAGCAUUCCCAACCACGAAGGGUGUAUCACUGAUAUGGGCUUCGGAUUGCUCGUAUACACCGCGGUCAAGGCUACGCUACGGAUGACCGUUCCAGAGUACAACGCAACGGGCGAUACUUGGCAGCGACGGCUAGACGACGCGCGAGAAUGGGGUCGGGACGUGCACGAGCGCUACUUACAACAUUGUGACAUGUCCAAACCUUUCCAGCGCCUCAUCUACUACAUCGGAAAGUCGAUGUCCGCAUCUAUGGUCCUUCGCGCUGUUCGACCCGUGCAGCGGCACAUGUCGAGCGUGCCGCCCCGCAUCGACGAUCCGUAUGUUCUUCGCAUUGCUGUCGACUGUCUGGCAGCAAAUGAGCGGAUAUAUACAGAUCGCGAGUUUGACCGAUGGCGGUGGCUUAUCUGGGUGCAAUGGCAUGCGCUAGCCGUCGCAUUGGCUGGGCUCUGCAGCAUUAGGGGAACGGAACUGGCUGUUGAGGCCUGGAAGCAAGUUGAGACUAACUACGAACGCCAAAACAAAGUACGUAUUCCACAAGCUUGA